AUGUAUGAAGGUCUACCAAAGCGGCCCGGUGACGGCAGCGCUUGGACCAUUUGUGAAGACUGGGAGGCUGAAGGUGGCCUUGCAAAUGAUAUCUUCAUUGUAUCCGAUACCAUCGCUACGCUUCACAACUGCUUCACAGACGAACCCAUAUUCCUUGAAGUAAUUGAUGCUUUACUGGACAUCGACCUUCUUGCAGACAACAGAUACUUUGUAAAGGAUGAGCGCUUAUGGCAACUAUGCCAGAAUGGUGGAACAAGAGCGCGAGCACACAUCGAGUGUGUUCCCUGUUCCAAGGCACAUACACUGGCCACAAAGGAGCACAGCAACGGUGGCCAUUGGGGACGUGACGCAGUGAAGUUGGCGCUCACUGACUGCAUAUACAGCCCAAAGCUGGAUGAAACCAUCAUCAAUGCCAUUCACAAAUGCCUGCAGCUUGUCGAGGGCACAAACAAACUUUGA